AUGAAGUUGGCACCCCUACGGUAAAAGAAAACAAAAGAGAAGAACAAAAGGAAAUACUUUCAUUGGCUUGAGGAGACGUGCGAUUCAGAUAAAAAAAAGGUGCGACCAAAAGUAGCCAUUUUUGAAACCGAUCAUUCAGCAAAAACAUACAAGACUUCCAAGCAAUCCCAAUUGAUCUAUUUUUCUAGCUUAAAUAAUGAGCCAAAAAGACUCAGGCUCCUACUCUUCUGCUACAUUCCUACGGCAAAGUACACAACCCGGGAAAAAGAAUAGCAAGAAAAAGGGAAAGAAAGAAAAACGACAAUUAAUUCUAGAAACGAGAUGAACGGCAUUAAAGUCAAUUGAAGAUGUUUUCACCUCAGCUAGCAUAUGGUCUGCUUCAUCGAAAACCAGAAUCUUCAUCUCCCUUGUACUUAACUUUUUAGCAGACAUCCACUUCUUUAUGGUGCCCGGCGUGCCGAUCACAACUUGUUCAGUGAUGGGCGCUCGCUUCGCAAUCGGGACGUAGUGGGCAGAAUCAGUGGGGAUGGCGCAGACUGAAGUGAUCCCCGUAAAUUUCCCCAUCUUCAAAAGGACAGCCUCGUUCUGCAGUUUACAUAUUUACAUGCUCAGGACUAAACAGUACGCGUAACAACAGUGAACAGCAUAAAUGACAAAGACAGGAGAAAUCGAACCUGCUGAGCCAAUUCUCGUGUUGGGCAUAUGCAAAGUGCCUGAGGCAGCUUCUUUUGUGGAUCAACUCGGCUCAGCAUCCCCAAAACGAAGCAUGUUGUCUUCCCACUACCAUUGUGAGCUUGAGCGACCAGAUUUUUGUGAGGCGGGGUGAGGAUCAUGGGGAGGCUCACGGCCUGUAUCUUGCUCGGGCGCUUGAAACCCAUCUCAACGUACAGACCCUGGAUCAAUUCCUUGGACAAGUUCAAAUCUUCGAACGACAACGCCGACGUAUAUACCGUGUCCCCCGACGUCACCUGGAUUUCAUUCAAAGGGAAUCAAGAAUUAGGGAGCUCCAGGGCUCGUUCAUCCAAUCCCUUGUUGAACGGGAAUUCUAGGUUUUCCACUCCACCACGACAACGAAGCAACUAAUCCAAAACCCCCCACCAUCGUCUCGUCGGUCUCUAAACACCAGUAGGUCACAAAACCCUAGAACGACAAGAAUAAUGGAGAGCAAUAUCCACGUUGAAAAACUUACAGCUUUGAUAGCCGAGUCCUCGGGCUCAUCGAGACCCUCGCUCGGCGCGCCCUUCGUCUCCUCUUUUGUUUCUUCCUCUGCGAUUCGCAGGGCCUCCAGUCUCUUCAAGUCAUCCGAUUUCUGUUCAGAGGAAGACGCCUCCGUCUUCUCCGUCUUCUCCGCCUCCUCCUCCUCCUCCUCCUCCUCAGCCUCGUCGGCCCACCUCCGCCCGGGCGCGAUCGUCCCGGCGGUGA